AUGGUUUCCUCCUCCGCAAUCCCCUCUCCCUCCGACCGGCAACGGCGCAUAAUCCAGCUCGCCAACGACUGGGCCCUUUUAGACCUUCAACCUUCCUCCGCACCACCACCACUAACCCGGCCCGAUCAAGCCCCGUCAUUCCGGACCCCCGGCGACGAUGGUGUGGCUGAACAACUUCUGUUUCGGUACCGCCAGCAAACCGCAUCCACUCCGCCGGGGCAACCGUCCCUUUCAUCAUCCUUCUCAAACCCUCUGCUUAAACGCUCCUUUACCUCCAAAAAAGCUCAGUCCGCCAAGUCCGCCCGUCUCGUGUUUGAGACCCUCCUUGACUACAUCCGGAGUGGGUCGGCUUCUCCCGGCGUUGUCGAGGCACUUGUCGCCCAGCUCGGAGGAGCAGGCGGCGGACUUGAUGUUCCUCCCCGACAAAAGAGUAAAAAUCUCUUGCACUCUAGGAGGAAGAGCUACGAGAAUGGCUUCGAGGAACGAGGCCAGGUUCUCAAGGAAGCCGUGCAGCGUGGUCCCGUUGACGUCGUCAGCGUUCUUGUCCCGUUUGCCGACCCAGCAUCCCUGGAUGCUUCGGUAGCGCUGGCAAUCCAGCUGCGCAACAUCGCGAUGACUGAGAUUCUUUUACGCUAUGGGGCCAGAGUGUGCGAUUCGACGGUCGCGCAAGAUGAGUUUCGCAAACUCUGCGUUGAGGGGGGCAACCACGAGCUUGUGAGUCUCGUCUUGCGCUCUAAUGGCAGACCGCCCCCAAUCUGCCUGUCUCAAGCCAUGGUUGAUGCGUCGAGGGCGGGAUGCCUCGAGACCGUUUUGCGUCUCAGUCGGUCCUCCGCCGACGGCAGCUUUAACAACGCCGAAGCCCUGAGAAUCGCAAUCGGCCAGGGGAGGCGCGACAUUGCUCUCGCCAUAGUCAUGAGCAACCAGCCUCCCCAGCGACCAGGUUUAGACGAGGCCGUCACCCUUCUAUUUACCCAAUUGAACAUGAGCCCCAAUGAGAAACUCGCACUCGCCGAACUGCUCCUUUGCGCAGGCGCUGCGGGCGAAGCUCUUGAUAUCGGCUUGAUCCACGCAGUUUCCUCCGAAUUCCUUGAACUCGUUAGCCUUUUAAUCAAGUAUGGCGCAUCCCCGACGUUCCAGAACGGCCUUGUUGUCCGUAACGCUGUAUCCAAAGGCCGGUAUAGCCUCGUCGAUGCCCUACUUUCCGGAUCCUCUAGCUUCUCCUCCCUCUACGCUUCCGAGUGCGUCGAAUUGCUCCCGGCCAAUGUUUCGUACGAGUGUCGUCAUUUGAUUCUUACUCAACUGCUCCGCCGCGGCGCCAACGGAACACCCCUGCAUAAUGCUCUCAUCGAUGCUGUCGAAGCUGGAGAUAUCGAGUCCGCACGUUUACUACUCACUCCGCACUUUCCAAAGGGAAAAGGUUCUGAACUUAAUGGCUCUCCUAUUACUGCUUCAGCAGAGCUGUACGAUCGUCAUGACGUCGCUUCGGUGGACCAUAAGGGAGGCCUCGCUUUCAGUAUUGCCGUGACCCGCGGCGAUGUUCCUAUGACGAAGCUGCUCCUCUCGGCGAAGCCGUCUCUCGAGACGUUGGGUCAAAUAUUUCCCGCCGCAUGUGUCUUGUCCGCGGACGAUGCUCGGUACACCAUCGUCGAGGCGUUCCUUCUUGUUGGUCUCUCGGGCAAGCCACUCGACGUGGCACUACAGGAGGCCAUCUCAAAGAAACCGGCGGAGCGCGACGAGAGAUUAAUAUCCAUUCUGCUUGCUCACAACGCAAGCGUCAACUUUGGCGAUGGUGCUGGGUUAUCUGUUGCCAUACAGCAAGGUGACAUGGGCCUUAUCCGUACCCUCGUCGGCGCUGCAUCGCCUGCCACGGCUGCGAAUGCUGUCACGAGUGCGAUGAGGAUCGAAGACGUUGAUGCUAGAAGGGAAGCAAUGGUCUUGCUCUUGGAUGCUGGCGCUGCAAAGACCGGACAGGAAAAUAUCUCCUCGGCGGUCCUGGUGACACUUUCGUCCAAGCCCGUUGAUGUUAGGAUGCUUCGCUUGCUUUUGGAACAAGCUAAAGCUGAUGUCCAGUUUGAGAAUGGCGCGGCUAUUAAUCUAGCCAUAAACGACUCGGAUCCAACAAUUGUCAAACUCCUAUUGAAGCUUUCGAAACCUUCACCCGAGCUCAUGAGAGAACAUCUCUCUGAAUUAAUGAAGCUUCCUUCCACGCAAUCCAAGACCACUAAACUCCAGGCUUUCCUGCCCAUCCUCACACAAGGCGACCUCGAUGAAGCCCUAGUCCUCGAAGUGACUGCGGUGUCGCAAACAAAAGACGAUAAUCUAUCUCUCUCGACCCUAAACACCCUCCUUUCCGCAAAGGCCGACGUCAACGCUCUCAAAGCCCGAGCACUAUGUUUAGCCAUCGGUUCGGCAGACAGCCGCAUCGUCGAUCCCCUCCUCCAUGCGAAACCUACCAAACAAUCCUUGCAGCUCGCCUUCCCCCAUGCAAUCCAUAACAAGGAUCCCGCAAACAGACUCACCUUUGUCAAGCGGCUCAUCGAUGCUGGAGCGCCCAAGCUAGAAGCCACCCGAGCUCUGGCCUAUUGCAUUGAUGCGCAUACUAAUGACAUGCCACUUCUCACUCUUCUCACAGAACACGCCGACACAUCGGAUGGGAUUGCCCUCAUGAAGGCUAUCCGCAAAGAGAGCCCCGCCAUUGUCGGCCUCCUCCUCGACAAAGCCAAGUCGCCUAUCCGAGCUACCGACAAGUCAUUCCUGCAAGCCAUGAAAAUUAGUGACCGACCGGAAAGGCUGAAGAUUGCCGAGCUCCUCCUAAAGAGCAGCAACAUCGUUGGAAAGCAAUCCAUCUCUUCGGGCCUCCUAACUGCCGUAAGCGACGUCGAUUAUGAACUAGGAAGACUCCUAACUUCAGCCGGCGCGAGCCUCGCAGACUGCGACAGCCAAGGCAUCGUCAAGGCAAGUCGCUCGGGAUCCCCGGAGAUGCUGUCCUUGCUCUUGGCCGGUAUGCCGGAGCCAAAGAAGGAAAUACUAGAAGAGGCAUUCCAGGCGGCUACCGAAGUGGGGGACUUGAAGGUCCGGACGGAAAUCCUAGAGAUCCUCCUACGCAGGGGCGUCACAGGGGAUGUCGUCAACGAGCAGCUCGUCUCGGCGGCGCGAUAUGGAGAGGCAGGCCAUGAAAUGCUUCGAGUGCUCUUGGCAGCGGGCGCGAACUUGAAUUAUCACGAUGGCGAGGCUGUCUGCGCUGCUGUGAGAAGCGCAAUUUUACCCAAUUUGGAGCUGCUCCUGGGCCGUGAGCUUGUAGAUCUCAACCAGGAGAAACCAAGCGCUGGCACACUUUCACAGGCAUUAAAGGCUAGCUGGAAGUUGAGCCGAGAGACACGGCGGACAGCCAUUGAAUGGCUCUUUGAGGCCGGUCUCCAAGUGACGUCCGAGUUACAUCUAACCUUGAUAGAAGUCGUCAAUGAAGAGGAUAUCGACGCCGAUCUUAUCGACUUCCUCCUCGAUCACGGCGCAUCCCCACUCCAUAAUAGGGGCAAAGCCAUCAUUGACACUGCAGCGAGAACUUCAACCCAUAUUCUUGGUCGCCUUCUCAAGGGCGUCGAUCCUAGCGACGAACUAGACCACGUCCUGACUUCAACUUUCAAGAGGGAAGACGCAGACAUCUGGUUCUCCAGCGACGGCGCUACGGUCCUCCAAAUCCUCCUCGACAAUUCGCCCGGAAAACGAACGAGCGGUGCCACCCUCACGACUAUCUUGGAGCUAGCAUCGACCAAGCCGCACGAACUCGUAGACUCCUUCGUCAUGACGCUUGUUAGUCACGGGGUCGACGCAAACUACGACCAGGGCAAGCCACUGCGUCUCGCAGCAUCAGCAGCCCAACUCUCCUGGGUCGAUACCCUUCUCGGCGGAGAGCCGUCCUCUGACCCAACGCCCGAAACCCUCUCUAUAGCCCUUUCCCACGUCUUCGAUAACGACGAACUAGACGAAGACGACGCCAUAGCCUUGAUCAGCACCCUAGUCGACUACGAUAAGGACGGAACGAGAAUAGACGUCAUGUACCCCCACCCCAUCCAAAGCCCCAUCCUCGUCCUCGCGCUCGAGCGAUAUCCCCGCUCAGUGGAGAUCCUCCAACUCCUCCUCGACGCAGGCUACUACCACGACCAAAUAGUCCUCUGCCGCGUCCUCCCCGACGUCGAAGAAGAACCCGUCACUCUCCUCACCUGGGCCCUUCUCCAGCCGCAGAAGCGCAUCAGCACAGCCGUCCUCGACCUCCUCCUCUCGCGCGGCGCCAAAGUCAACUUCGAAACGAAAAUCACACGUAUCUCCCCAAUCAUGCUCGCCAUCCGCUCCCGCCGGCAAGACGUCGUCAAAUCCCUCCUCGAGCACGGCGCGGAGGUCGACGGCAUUACGGACGCGACGGGCGCUUCUCCCUUAGCCAUGGCCGUGGGGCUAGGGGGCGACGUCUCUAUACAGAUCAUGACUAACAUCCUUGCGGCUGGGGCGUCGAGGAACGACGGUUCCUUGCACAACGCCGCGAGGGAAUUGAAUCUCCCGGCUCUCCAGGUCCUUAUGAAAUACGGCCACGAUCCGGAUUUCCCGAGUCCGCUUCACGGCGGCCGUACGGCCCUCGCCGAAGUCUGCCGCCACGCCGCAGGCAGCAACAACUCCUUACCACUCGACGCCGCCCGGGAACGCACCCUCGAAAAAGUAAUGACCCACCUCAUCGAAAACGGAAGCGACAUCGCCAUCAAAUCCGACAACAAGUCCGCCCUCCACCUCUCCCUCGAAUCCUCCGAACCCGUCAUAACGACCCGCACGCUCCUCAAAUCCGGCAUGUGGAAACACGUCAACAAGCCCUUCAACCUAUACACCGAUGGCACGCACACGUACUCCCCCACCCUGUACGUCCGACGCAUCCUCCGCACGCACCACUCCGAACAGCUCUACUGGCUCCUCCGCGCUAACCGCUGCGAGGAUAUCUUCUACGCCCAUGAGGGAGCUCAGCCCGAAGGCGCCGUCGGUCUACCCCCGGACAUACUCGCGCAGGAACGAGCCCGCAAGGCGCGUCUCGCGCGCUUGGCCAUGGAGCAAGAAGACCACGCCAUCGCCAUCAGCCGGAUGCGCGCCCUAGCGGACAUCCAGGCGCAGAUCCACCGCGCGCAGGCGGAUUACGAGGCUCUUACGCGGAAAGGCAAACAGCGCGAGGAGUUACAGGCGUUAGAGGAGCGGGCGAAGUUGGAGGAGUCACUCUUCGAGGGAAGUAUGCGCCGGAAGAGGGAGGAGCAGAAGGCGGAUGUAGCGCAUGAGAAGGCCGUUACGGAGGAGAAGCUGGGGAGGUGUAGAGCUGUUUCGGAGAUGGAGUUGGAGGCGGAGGGGAGGAAGGCGGCUGCUUUGUUUGAUUGGGAGGAGAAGAUGGGGAUUCAGAGGGUGGAGAAUGCGAGGGCGCUUCAUGCUAUCCGAGUCGCGGAGAGCCAGGAUAUGGCUAGGCAGGGUUCGAUAAGGAUGUAA